CUACAAAAGACAAGACUUGGAGUCGUUGAUGUAGUGGAUUUUUUAGUGCGCAUAAAAGAAGGUGAAGCUGCUUAGAAGGAACUUAAAGGGCCCGUGAGAAUAUUUUGUAACAAGAAAUGUCAUGAUCAGAUGAGUCACGGUGGCCAGCCUAUAUGAUGCGCAUGAUCGUGGUGGACCCACCUACCAAGCCUCCGUUCUGAUCCAACACAACCAGCUUUCACAGGCCUAUAUAUGAGCCUCUACAAUACCUGCUGCGGUCUGCGGACGUGCAAUCAACUCGUCUUCUCGCUGAAACCUCAUAUACAGUGCAUAGUGCUAAUUCCAUUUGUAAUUGGUUGCGGGGAAGAAGAUCCGAUGGAGGCUGCGGUGGCCAGCGCAGUGACUUUAGCAGUGCGAACGGUCCUGCCUAAGCUCGGCAACUUGCUGGAGGAGAGGUACAAGCUGCCUAACCGCGUGAAGAAGGAUGUGACCUUCUUGAGGGGUGAGAUGAGGAGCAUGGAUGCUAUGCUGGUGAAGAUGGCCGAGAUGGACGAGCUGGACGUGCAAGACAAGGUACGGCGGGACAAGGUGCGCGAGCUGUCCUAUGACAUGGAGGACUGCAUCGACACCUUCACGGAUGACCUAGAUAGCCGUGGCGCCAAGCUUAAGGCUGGGCUCAAGAAGGUCAAGGCGCGGUACAAGAUCGAGAACCGGAUCCAAGAACUCAAGUCUCUGGUGGUGGAAAUAAAUGAUAGCCACAACAGAUACAAGCUUGACAAGGAACGAACUGGUACCACUUCUCAGUCUCAGAGCCCUGUGGCGCGUAUUGACCCUCGUCUGUCUGCAGUCUAUACAAGUGGUGAUCACAGUCUUGUCGGCAUGGAUGGCCCCAAGGAGAAGCUCAUCGAGCUGCUGAGAGAGGAGGAGGAGGAGGGGGGCGCAAGGCGACUUAAAGUUGUUGCUAUUGCUGGAUUCGGAGGCAUGGGCAAGACAACUCUGGCCAGCCAAGUUCGUGAUACUAUGAAGAGUGAAUUCGAAUACACGGCUUUUGUUUCGGUAUCUCAAAAUCCGGAUAUGGUUAAGAUCCUGUCCAAUAUACUGUCACAAGUUGUGGGCGAUGUGCAUCCACCCCUGACUGAUGUGUGCCAACUCAUUAACCUUCUGAAGAUGUAUCUCGGCAACAGAAGAUACCUUAUCGUCAUUGACGAUAUGUGGACAAUAGAAGCAUGGAACACUAUUAAAUGUGCCUUUAUGGAGGAGAAUUCUCUUGGCAGUAGAGUUAUAAUCACCACACGUAUUGAAGAUGUAGCUCAGGGAUGCUGCUCUAGUUUACAUGACCAUAUCUACAAGAUGAAACCUCUUAAUGAUCUUGACUCAAGGAGAUUAUUUGAUAGAAGUAUUUUCCACUCCGAAGAUGCCUGUCCUGAGAAACUAAAGAAUGCUUCAAGUGAAAUAUUGAAGAAAUGUGGAGGGGUUCCAUUAUUCAUUCGUAGUACAGCAAGCAUUUUGGCCAGUCAUAAAGAGAUAAACUCAACCGUAUUCUGGGAGAAGAUACCAAAUUCUUUUGGUUUUCAAUUGGAAGGGAAAAAACCUGAAUUACAAUGGAUGAGGCAUGUGCUAGAUCUUGGUUACAAUGAUUUAUAUCUGGGCCUUAGGGCCUGUUAUCUAUACCUCUGUAUAUUCCCAGAAGAUUCAGUGAUAAUGAAGGAUGAUUUGGUUAGGAGAUGGAUAGCAGAGGGCUUUUAUGAACUGAUCAAGAAAAACAUGAUCCAAAUAGCUGAGCUUGAUGACUGCGGCCAUGUUUUAUCCUGUCGGGUGCAUGAUAUAAUGCUCGACUUCAUCAUAGUGAAGUCCACAGAAGAAAACUUGGUCACUAUAGUUAAAAAAUCCGGUGAUCCAGAGGGCAUGAAAGGGUUUAUGCAGGUUCGCCGGUUAUCCCUCCAAGUCGGAAAACCAGAUGGCAAGCACUUGCCGGGUAGCAUGGUUCUCACCCAGGCCAGGUCAUUCAACUUUUGGGGCCCUGCUCGAUUGAUGCCUUCUCUGUCGAGGUUUCGGCUCCUGCGAGUUCUACAUAUUGAAGUUGAUUGUUCCAAGUAUGACAAGUGUGAUCUGUCUUCCCUGCGCAGCUUUACCCAGCUGAGAUAUGUGAGGAUCCGAGGACUUGGCUGCAAGAAAGUGCUGAAACAACUGCGGAAGCUGCAACAUCUGAAGACCUUGGAGAUAGUAGUUCGCGAAAAGGAAGAAAAAACGGAUCCUUCAGAGCUAGAGCUCGAUGUUGACAAGCUACCGUCUACUCUGUGGCAUCUGAUUGUUCCUUGCGCCGUGAAGGCAUUCGGUGAGGUGAGCAGGAUGCGUGCUCUCCGUACUGUGGGUGAACUCAGCAUGGACCUCCUCAAAGAUGUGGAGAACAUCAAAGGGCUGGGUGAUCUGGUUGAUCUCAGGGAGCUGAAGAUUGUUCUAGCACGUGAAGCUGUCAUGGCGGAAGACGACUCCCUUAAACUUUUUAUGAUGGAAGGCGCCAGCGAAGAUCCUAUUUUGGCGGAAGGCGCCUGCGAUGAUCUCGUGCGCUCCCUCUCCAGGCUGGUGAGCCUUGAGUCCCUAACCAUCCGUAUGUUUGGGUCCCUUAAGAUUGUCGAUGUGCUGACUUGCUGGUCUCCACCUCCACGCCGUCUUCGUCGGCUACAUGUGCUGGGGCUCCCCUUCUCCACUGUCCCAGCCAGCUGGAUCACCCAGCUUGACAACCUCACGAGCUUGAAGAUCCAGGUCGUCUCGCUGCCAAGGGACGGCGCUAAGGUUCUCGCCAGGCUGACAUCGCUGGUGCACCUCACACUGCAUGUCAGGGUCCUCAGGGACCAUGCUCCCGAUGAAGGCGUCAUCUUCCCCGCUGCAUCUUUCCCCGGUCUCAAGGAUUUCGUGUUCAGACAUAAGGUUCCAUGCCUCGUGUUCGAGGAAGGGGCCAUGCGCAGGAUCCGGAGGCUCAAUGUGGAGUGCUACGCCGAAGCGGCGCGGCGAGGCGACGGCGUGCUUGAUGGAAUCCAGCACCUGGGAAGCCUCGACUCGUGCAUGGUUGAUAUAUACGAGCGGGAGGAUUUUGCUCGUAUUCUGUAUCAGUUGCAGGCUGGCCGAUCUUCUCCAGAUCAGCCCCAGGCAGAGGAGGAGCCUACAGCAACUUGGGACGUGGACAGCCUCGAGGCCGCUCUCAGGGAGGCCAUCAGCAAGCAUCCGGGGAUACCUCAUAUCCGCAUUCGAUCCGUGUAAACAUGCAUGGUACAGAUUGAAAACCUCAACGUUUUCCUUAAUUAUUUCAUGCUUGAAAGCUGAGCGUGCUGGUUGUCCAAACUGAGCACUCCAAAUAUAUUGCAAAAUAAUAUUUCAAGUUUUAAGGCACUAGCUCUUUAGUUUU